AUGGCUGCAGCACCUUCUACAACAGCUUCAACUUCCGCUCCUACGACAACCGCAACAACAGCACCUACUACAACACCUGCAGUUCCUACAACUUUAGCUCCCACGACCACUACACCUGUUGCUCCUACGACAACCACAACAGCAACACCUACAACAACUGAAGCUUCCACG